AUGGAAUUAUGGAGGCAAAAUGCCAAAAAUUACAUGAUAUUUUAUAUAUUGAUUAUUGUAUUCAUAAAUCAAUUUAUUAAAAUUACAGGAUUAUGUAUGAAAUCAUCAUCAUCAUCUGAAUCGAUAGCAAUUACAUAUGAAAUUAUUGAAGAAUCUAUAACACCAAUGAUUAUAGGUAAUUUAAAAAAAGAUUUAUGUAUAGAUCAAUAUUAUGAUACAAAUAAUGAAUUACUAUUACAUAAUAAUAAUAAUAAUAAUGAACAAUCCAUUACCCAUGAAUUUGUAUUAUUUCCUACAUCACAACCAUUUUAUAAAUAUUUUAAUAUAAAAACUGACAUAGUAACUAAUUAUAAUGAACAAUAUUUAUUAUUAAAUAAAUCAAUUGAUCGUGAACAAUUAUGUAGUAGAACAAAUGAAAUUCAUUCAAGUCAUUCUAAAUUAAUACAAUCUAAUUAUAUAAAACAACCUCAUGAACAACAACAAUUACAAUAUUAUAAUGAUGAUAUGAAUACAUUAUGUAAUUGUAAUCAUUUAUUAGGUUGGUGUACUAUUUAUUUACAUUUAGCUCUUAUUCCAUUCUAUAAUAAUCAAUCCAAUAAUCAUAUUGAUUUAUCUAAUAUAUCAUUUAUGAAUUAUACAAAACAAAUAAAUACUAUUGAUUAUUGGUUAAAUUCUAUUAGUAUUAUGCAAUUUUUUAUUAUAGAAUUAAAAAUUAUUGAUAUUAAUGAUAAUACACCAAUAUUUAAUCCAUCAAAUUAUAAAAUUAUAAUAAGUGAAUCUGAUAAACCCGGUAUGAUAUAUCGUUUACCAAUAGCAUUUGAUCAAGAUCUAGGUAUGAAUUCAAUGUUAUUAUAUAAGAUUAUAUAUAUAAAUGGAACAAAUAAUCAAGGGAAUAUAAUACCAUUAUAUUCAAUGAAUAAUAAUAAUAAUAGUAAUUAUAAUGACAAAUUAUUUAUUCUUAUACAAGAAACUAAUCAUAAACUACCAUUUAUUGCAUUACAUUCAUUAGAACAAACUGAUAUUAAUAAACUGUAUAUAAAAUUAAUUGAACCAUUAGAUAGAGAAUUAUAUUCUAAUUAUUAUGUAACAAUUAUAGCCAUGGAUAAAUCAAUAAAUAAUCAAAAAACAGGUACAUUAUCUUUAUUAAUUGAUGUAGCUGAUAUUAAUGAUGAAUUACCUAGAUUUAAACAAAAUCAAUAUGAAUUUCAUAUUGUAGAAAAUUCACCAACUGGUACUAUUAUAGGUCAAGUAAAAGCUAUUGAUAAAGAUGAUGGUUUAAAUUCAAUGAUUAAUUAUACAAUUAAAGAAAUGAAACCAUUUAUUAAUCAUAAUCAUGGUAAUAAUAAUAAUAAUAAUGAUUAUUAUGAUUAUUAUAAUGAUUUAUUUUAUAUUGAUUCAUUAACUGGUCAUAUUAAAUUAUAUACAAUGAUUGAUCGUGAAAAAUUAUUAAAAAUUCAUUUAAUUAUUGAAGCUAAAGAUAAUGGACAACCAUCAAGAUCAUCAUUAACUAAUGUAAUCAUUCAUAUAGAUGAUAUCAAUGAUAAUAGUCCAAAUAUUGAAUUAUGGGGUUAUAAAGAGAUAUUAAAUUCAACAGGAUUAUUGAUUAAUAAUAAUAAUAAUAAUAAUAAUAAUAAUAAUAAUAAUGAUAAUGAUAAUAAUAAUAAUAAUAGACAUCAUAGUAAUUUAAUACCAUUUUAUUUAAUUUCAUCACAAGGUCCUUUAAUUCCUGUUCAUAUAUGGGUUAGUGAAUAUUUAAAUCCUAGAUCAAUAUUAUCAAUUAUUAAAGUGAAUGAUCUUGAUCAAGGUAUUAAUGGUACAGUUCAAUGUCAUUUAAAUGAUUCCUAUUUUAUAUUACAACCAGAUAUAUCAAAUAAUAAUAAUAAUAAUGAUAAUAAUAAUAAUAAUGAUAAUCAAUUAAAAAGUUAUUACGUCAUCUUAUCAAAAUCAUUAGAUUAUGAAUUACAAAUUAUUCAUCAUUUACCAAUUAUAUGUUAUGAUUUAGGUAUACCAAUAUCUAAAACAUCAACGGUUUUAUUAAAUAUACAUAUAAAAGAUGAAAAUGAUAAUGAACCAAAAUUUCUAAUACCAGAAGUUUAUAAACCAGCUGAAUGGAUAAAUAAAGAACAAUUUGUACCUAAUAUACAAGAGAAUAAUAAUAAUAAUAAUAAUAAUAAUAUGAAUACUAUAUUUGAUUUUCAUAGAACAUUAUUAAAUCUUAAAAUGAUACCAUUAGAGAUUACAAUUCCAGAAACAUGUUCUAUUCAUACAAUAAUAUUAAAAUUUCCUAUACUUGAUAUAGAUAAUGGAAUAAAUAGUAUCAUAAAUUAUAAAUUACAAUUAAUAAAUCAAUAUCCUAUCAAUCAAUAUAAUAAUAAUAAUAAUAAUCAAUCAAUAGAUAUGAUGAAUAAUAUUGAUUUUUUACAAAUUAAUAAUAAAACAGGUGAAAUUUUAAUUCAAAAAUCAUUAAAAUUAAUACCAGAAUAUUUAAAAUUUUUAUAUGAAUUGAUUGUUACUGAUCAAGGUUUACCAAAAAAAUUAUCAAAAUUAUAUAUUUCAUUACAAAUUAUUAUAGUAAAUUCAUUUUCACCUGAAAUACAAUUAAUUAAAUUAAAUAAUAUAAAUAUAACUAUUAUAGAAGUAUAUAAAAGUAAUUCUAAUAAAAAAUAUGAAAUUGAACUUUAUGAAAAUCAACCAGCUAAUAUACAAAUAGCUAAAUUUAUAAGUUAUGAUCCAGAUAGAGGUGAAGCUGGUCGUAUCACAUAUAAAUUAAUACAAAAUUUAAUUAAAACAUGUAGUGGAUCAUAUCAAUCAAUCAAUAAUACUAUCACUAUUGAUUCUAAUUCUGGUAUUAUAACAAUAAUAAAAUCAUUAGAUCGUGAAUUAGAUGGUAAUUUAAUAUUAUUAACAAUUUAUAUACAAGAUCAUGGUAUACCAAUAUAUACAACAACUAUAUAUAUUGAUAUUAAAAUAUUAGAUAUUAAUGAUAAUCCUCCUAUAUUUAUAUUACCAUUACAAUCAUGUCAUAAAAUGGAUAUGAUAAGUUAUACAAAUCAUAUAAAUAAUAUAAUACCAUGUAAUACAUUAUAUUAUUAUUCAUUAAUAUAUAAUAAUACUAUCAAUCAAUUAUAUAAUAUAACAAUGAUUAUACCUAAACAAUCUAAACAAAAUAUAUUAUAUCCAUUUGUACAAUUUAAAGCGAUUGAUUAUGAUUUAGAUAGAAAUUCAUUGAUAACAUAUCAUAUUUAUAAAAAUUGUUCAAUAAUCAAUAAAUUAAAUGAAAAUUUUACUAAUUCAUUAUUUAUUAUUGAUAAACAUAGUGGUUGUUUAAGUAUUAUAUAUAAAUUUACUACUGAUACAUUAGAUACUACUUAUUAUUUUUGUAUUAUUGCAAAAGAUCAUGGUGAAUUAAUACAAUAUUAUAGUAUUAUGAAAGUAUAUAUUGAAAUGAAAUCAAAUAUUAAUCAAUCAAUUCUAUUCAUGAAUUAUUCAAUUCAAUCAAUAGAACAUAGAAUAAAAACUGAUUUAUCAUUUAAUAAUUAUAAUAUACCACAAUUAAAAUUAUAUCAAGAAGAAGAAGGAGAAGAGGAACAACAACAACAACAAGAACAUCCAGAACAAGAAGAACAACGAGAACAACAACAUGAACAUACAUUAACACCAAUUAUUAGAAUUUUAUUAUGUAUUACAACUACUUUAGGUGGAUUAAUGGUUAUAAUUGUUGGUAUAUUAAGUAUAAAACAACCUAAAUGGUUAAUAUGUAAUUUAUGUAAAAGAAAUUCUAAGGAAGCAGCUAAAGCUGAAUUAUUAAGAUUUCAUGAGGUUCAUAAUCAAAUUGAAGUUAAACGAAAUUCAAAAUAUAAACAAAAUAAAAUGAAAUCAUAUGAUAUGGAAUUAGAAAAAAGUCAAAAUUAUCCAUUAUUAUGUAAUAACAAUAAUAAUAAUAAUAAUAAUAAUAAUAAUAAUAAUAAUAAUAAUGAUACAUCGAUAAAUGAUGUCAUGGUAACUCAAACACAUAUUGAACAACCUGUACAAAUACAUUUACCUCAAGAUUAUUGUAUAGAAUGUAAUAAUAAUUCUAAUAUUACUGAUUCAUUAUUAUUAAAUUAUCCUUAUCCUUAUACUCAACAUCAAAAUCAUAUGCAUUAUCAACAUCAACAUCAAGAUCAACAUCAACAUCAACAUCAACAUGAACAUCAACAUCAACAUGAACAUCAACAUCAAGAUCAACAUCAACAUCAUCAACCUAAUCCAGAUUCACCUGUCUUCCUACAUAUUGUAAGAACAUAUGAUAUUGUAAAUGAUCCUAAAUUAAUGAAAUCAAUUAUAGAAACUAAAACAACUGGUCAUAUUGUAGAAAGUAAUAAUAUUAAAUGUAUUUAUUGUAAUGAAAAACCAACAGAAAAUUGGAAUCAAAAUAUUGUUUAA